GUUUGAGGUGUUCUCUCUGUUCUCACAAUCACAUAAUAAUAAAGUACCACACACUUCAUUUUUCUGUCCAAACUUGCAAGCUUCUCUUGUCGCCAACAUGCUUUGACGCUAUUCCUUUCAUUUCUCUCAGAUCUUCAUCUUCUCUUCACUUUCACUUUCAGAUGGUUGUCUCUGUUGAGUUUGAAAUCAGACAUGCAACUUUGUUGGGAUAGUUUCAAAUCUUGUCUCUGAUUCAUUUGGACGAUGAGAAGAAAGUGAAUAGCUUUCUUAAAAUGGAUCGGAGGGAAGGAGUGAAUGAUGGUUUUCCGAGACUUGGACCAAAUGAUUCGCUUCUCCCUGGUCUGAUCGAUGAUGUUGCGUUGAAUUGUCUUGCUUGGGUUAGUAGAUCCGAUUAUGCGUCUUUAUCGUGUAUUAAUAAAAGGUAUAGUAAGUUGAUCAAUAGUGGUUAUCUAUAUGGGUUGAGGAAAGAGUUGGGAGUUGUGGAACAUUUGGUUUAUUUGGUUUGUGAUCCAAGAGGAUGGGUAGCGUUCGAUCCCAAGAUAAGUAGAUGGAUGGCAUUGCCUAAGAUACCUUGCGAUGAGUGUUUUAACCACGCCGACAAAGAGUCCUUGGCCGUGGGAUGUGAGCUAUUGGUUUUCGGUAGGGAAUUGAUGGAGUUCGCUAUUUGGAAGUAUAGCUUGAUUUGCGGUGGUUGGGUGAAGUGUCAGGAGAUGAACCAACCUCGCUGUUUGUUUGGAUCGAGUAGUCUUGGUUCGAUUGCUAUUGUAGCCGGCGGAAGUGAUAAAUACGGAAAUGUUCUGAAGUCUGCAGAGUUGUAUGACUCCGCAUCAUGUACAUGGGAACUUUUACCGAACAUGCACACACCGCGUAGAUUGUGCUCUAGUUUUUUUAUGGACGGCAAAUUCUACGUGAUUGGUGGAAUGUCGAGCACAACUGUUUCGCUAACUUGUGGGGAGGAGUAUGAUCUUCAGACAAGAAAUUGGCGGAAAAUUGAGGGUAUGUAUCCAUAUGUUAAUGUGGGUGCUCAAGCACCUCCACUUGUGGCAGUUGUCGAUAAUCAGUUGUAUGCAGUCGAGCAUCUAACAAACAUGGUGAAGAAAUACGACAAGGUAAAGAACACUUGGCAUGAAUUGGGAAGGCUUCCAGUUCGGGCCGAUUCUUCUAAUGGUUGGGGCCUUGCUUUCAAGGCUUGUGGAGAUAAACUUUUGGUUGUAGGUGGACAAAGGGGUCCAGAAGGUGAAGCUAUAGUGCUGAAUUCAUGGUGUCCUAAGUCAGGGGUUAGGAAUGGCACCAUAGAUUGGCAGGUACUCGGUAUGAAGGAGCAUGUCGGGGUUUUCGUGUAUAAUUGUGCUGUUAUGGGCUGUUGAGAAAUUUGAUCUAAUUUUUAGAUUAACUCAACAGAAUAAAAGAUGCUGCUAUCCACAAUCUGACUUAGCCUCGGAGGGUGAUUCCAUGUUCCGUCGCUUCGUUUACCGAGUUAAUUUAGUGUCAUCUUUUUAACAUGGUUUAUUUGGAUGUAUUUCUCACUUUUCAUGGCCCAUAAUUUUAAAUUUCUUUUGAGAUUACUGAGUAGUCUUACACAGAAAUGUUUAUGCUUUUAUUCUAUGUAAACCAAUAAAUCAAGGAGUUUUCAUUGUUUAAUCACUUAAUGCAUCUUGUUUUCUGCUUUG